UCUUCAACACUUUCAAAGUUCCAUGAAAGCUCUUGUAUUGAAUUUGGAAAACUGAAUUGUGUUAGUCGUCGAAAAGUAGAUCAACUUCCAUGAGUUCACAAGUUCCAGAAGAGUGGAAAAGCGAAGUUUCUGAUAUACUGUUUGAUAGCGAGACUAUUCAAACAAGAAUUCGUGAACUAGGAAAACAACUGAGUUGUGACUAUCGAAACCGUAAACCCGUACUGCUCGGUGUCUUAACUGGUUCCUUUGUUUUUCUCGCUGACUUGAUUCGCAAUAUGACUUGUGACUUGGAAAUACGGUUUAUGAGAGCUGUUUCGUACGAAGGAACGGAGAGCACGGGAACUGUCACUAUCGAGGGUUUAGAGUUGCUCAAUAUUCAGUCUCGUGACGUGCUUCUUGUAGAAGAUAUUGUAGAUACUGGACUCACACUGAAGUGGAUAUGUGAGAAGUUGGAGAAGUUACAACCAAAAUCUCUCAAGAUUUGUACAUUCUUGUCCAAAAAGACGAAGAGAAGGAAGACAGAUGUACCACAGGUAGAUUAUGUAGGUUUUGAGUGCGAAGAUCAGUUUGUUGUCGGGUAUGGGUUUGAUUGUGAUCAACGCUUGAGGCAACUCAAUUUCGUUGGCAUUUACAAUACAAAUAAAUAAACAAAUGGAGCAUAUAUUGGUAGGGCGUUGUAUUGUUGUCAACUGUCGAAGAAAUGUUUCUUGUUUGGU